CCCAAAAAGAGUAAGUCGCGUGCCAUUCGACGCAGCGCGGAGGAAGAGAUAAUCCUCCGUGGAACCCUCCGCCACCGCCAAUGGCCCACGCAAUCGCCCCCGCAUCCUUCUCCGGCGCCGCCCCAGCCUCCUCGCUUCCCCACCGCCGGAAUACCGCCGGCUUCUUCUUUAAGCAAAGGCCCCCAGUGGCGUGCAGUAGCCCCGACCUCCUCGCGGCCGCCAAACUUACGGUGGAUAAGUAUGUGAGGAGCGGGAUGGUGGUGGGAUUGGGGUCGGGACGCGCCUCCGGAUUGGCCAUACAGUAUCUUGGCCACCGACUACGAGACGGAAGCCUCAAGGACGUCGUCGGAGUCCCAACAUCUGUGUCUAGUGCAAGUAAAGCAGCAAUGGCAGGAAUUCCACUGGACAAUUACCAAGAAAAUCUUCAAAUUGAUUUUGCAUUUGACGAUGCUGAUCUAAUUGAUAAGAGAACAUUAACCGCCGUGAUUGGUCGGAGAAAAUUGGAUGGUGGCGAGUCCAUAAUCCAAGAGAAGUCAAUUAUAAAGAGAGCUAGUGGACUUGCUUACAUUGUGACUGACAAUCAAUAUACUGGUGAACUUGGUGGAUCUAUUCCAGUCCUGAUUACUAGUGGUAAUUGGCUGGAAACUGCUGAACAAAUAGACGAUCUGUUUCUUGGAGAUGCCGAGCUGUGCAAGAUCUCGUAUUCUUGGUUUGUUGCAAAGGUGUGGAGAAGAUCACUAUCUGGAGGUGCCGGCCCUCUAGGGGGCGACUUCCCAUUAGUUACUAAAGAAGGACACCAUGUUCUUGAUGUCAUUUUCACGUCUCCUAUACUCGAUCUAGGUCAAGUUGCAGAAAGCCUGGAUCAAGUUGACGGCGUUGUGGACCAUGGAAUCAUAUGUCGCAUUCCAUGCACUGUGAUAAUUGCUUCAAAGGAAGGAUUAGAAGUUGUUGACAACAUGUCAAAAAACCAAACCACUGACAGCUUAUGAUGAUGUUCAUAGGGUUGAGGUGUGCUAGAGUUCUAGCAAGCGCUGAAGUGCUGUACCAUAUUAGAGGCAUCAUUCCCUUUGUUUAUGGGUCCAACUAUUUUUUAGUAUAUAAAUGAUUUACUAUUCUUAGGGCAACUAUGAUGGAAUACUACAGCAAAAAUCCUUGUAAUUUUGUAGAAAACUACAGCAAUAAUAAUAUUGUGCAUUUACAAUUGAAAUGGUAA